UAUCUUUCAUCUUCCAUUUUCCAUCUUCUAGUCCGUAUCACUUUCCUACCGAGACAUGGUCAAAAUUAAAGAAAAAUUCAAGGAGGGCUACCUCUUGGCCAAGCGCAAGUAUCGUGAGAUUCCUAAUAUACCUGAGUGGGUCAGCUACCAUCGACCGAAAAUCAGGGAUGAAAGGGUAUACGACCCUCCCGAAGCGCAGGAGUACGCGGGGAAGAAAGCGCUGGUCGUUGGAGCGUACGGAGACCUGGGAGAAGAAAUUGCAUACCGACUGCUUCUGCACGGGUGUGAAUGGAUCUUCCUCGCCAGUGACCGCGAGGACGAGCUGGACAAUAUGUCCAAGCGUUUCCAACACGACGCCCGCCUGCGCUCAGUUAACCCAGACUACCAAGUCUGUUGGCUCCCACUCGAUCUCCGCCAUUCAGAUGGGGUGAUAAAUUUUAUUCAUCGAUUUCUCGCACGAUCGAACAGACUCCAUAUCAUCAUCUUCAAUGCGGCAACCUUUCACCCGGAUUAUCAGGCGAUUCUCGUGGCCAACAACAUGUACACCGAGCGGACGAUCCAGGGUAUCUCUCUCUCUUCUUCCACCGUGACUGCCUGCUAACCCCCUCAUGACACAGUCAACUGCUACUCGCUGUGCUUGAUAUUCGCAGCCCUUCAAAGAGUGCUUUUCGACUCGGCAAAGGAGGCAAACCAGCCCGCUCAUGUGGUUUUUGUCACCUGUUCCUGGAUGGCCAACGAUUA